CUAGGUUAUAUACCCGUAUGACAUAUUAAUGUGUGUCAGUUUUAGUCGAGCCAUACAAGAGUUUCACAGAAUGACAAAAUAGAGAGAGCUAAUCUGAGUCAAAUUUACCCUCAGUUCGUGAGUAAACUCUAUAGAGAAUAGAGUGCCUGUCGUGGAGAACGAGAGCGCUUGCGAAAGGUCGGCCAAAUAGUUUAGAAUACUUAGUGCGACCACCGAUCUGUGAGUAUGUCUUCCUGUUGAGGUCGGGGACUGUAGUGUUUGACAUUUCAGAUAGCAUUCCAUCUGACAUGCCUUUGCAUGCGCAUUCGACUACCAUAUCGAUAAUUCGUGGAGGGCUCUUUUCAAAACGGAUGCAAAUUUCUAGUUCAGUAAGAGACUUUUGCUGUAAUUGUUGUUGCAGCAUGCGUAAGGACAAUUCGCUGUACAAAAGGUCAGCGGGCCACAUUGGAUAUUAACGUAAGACCCUAUCGUUGAGUCCUGAACGGACGUUAUGAAUAAUACGUCAUUGACAAGCGAACAAAAUGCUAAAUGUGCCGCAGCCCAAGAUCUUGAACUGGAAGCUCUCGAGUCAAUAUACCAAGCGCCGAUGUUUAAGCGCGACAACUUCGGAACACAUCUUUCUGGUGCUACAAUAAUCAUACAUACAGAAUUACCAAAAUUAAAUAUACACGUCAACAUCAGCUUGCCCUCAUCGCUGGGAAUAGAGCCGGAGACGUUUCAGGUGGAACACUUACCUCCGUUGCAAUUCGACGUUGUCUUUCCUAAAGACUAUCCCGAUUACGACAAGCCACGAUACAUUCUCAAAUGUCAUUGGCUUUCACCCGGCGAUUUAAGCCGCGUGUGUGCUAAGCUUGAUGAGCUCUGGGAAUUAAAUGAUGGGAUGUCGAUAGUCUUCAUCUGGGUAGACUUCCUAGAAAAGGAACUUUUGACAUUUCUCGGAAUGAUUGAGGAGCUGAACGUUUUGAAGUUGCUGAUGUUUCAACACCGCAUGGGCCAUCCUAACAUUUCACACAAAGUGUGGCGACCAGAAUUCCCAGGAAAGGAGCGUGGACGCUCAAGGUUCGAUGUACGUGCUCGAACGAUUUACAUACCACCAAAAUCGUUCGCAGCUUUCAUCAAGGAAGCCAACCAGUCUCGUAAACGCGAGCUGUUCAACAAAUCAUAUGUUACUUGCAGCAUCUGCUAUUCAUGCGUGUGCGGAAAAGAUAUGACAAUGUUUAAGCCGUGUGAGCAUGCUUUCUGUAACAACUGUACACAGGCACAAUUCUGUAUACAGAUUAGGGAUGGCUGUCCGAAUGGGCUGCUAACGUGUAUGGAGCCAAGUUGCACCUCUGAGGCUCUCUCUAUAGAUGUAAAGAAGCUGGUUGGAGAAGACCUCUUUGAAAAAUAUGACCAGCUUCUUCUAAACCGGUAUCUCAAAUCGAGAGCUGACAUAAUAUCAUGCCCGCGUGAGCUUUGUGAAAAACCAGUGAUAAUCGAACCAGAUUCGGCUAUGGCGACCUGUAGCACUUGCAAUCUUAGCUUCUGCUUAACGUGCCGCCGUCCGUCACACGGUAUCAAUCCAUGUGAAACAGGUAAUGCAAGUCAGCUAGCGAUGAAGUACCUGAAUGCAACUCCCGAGGUACGCGCCGCUCUCGAGAAAAAGUUCUCCAAGAAGUACUUGACCGCCAUCGUUAACGAGUACGACUCGCAGAACUGGAUCAAGGAGAACGCCAAAAAAUGUCCUAGGUGUCAGACAAUUAUUCAAAAAAGUGAAGGCUGCAAUAAAAUGCAAUGUUGGAAAUGUAGUACAAGGUUCUGCUACCUGUGUGGCAAAUCGCUGGAGCAUUUGGCUGAUCCGUACCUGCAUUUCAGUGACGAAUUAAAUGAGUGCAACAAUCGUCUAUUUGAAGAAUGCAGAAUCGAUAAACCAGGCGAACAACACAUGCUGAAAACUUAUCAAAGAAUGAAGCCAGUUGUAUGUUACGAACGAAAAGCUGUUCGAGAUGCUUAAUGAUGACAUAAAAUCACAAAAUGAGGCGAAAAAUGUACUGAUCAUCUGGCAGAAUACGUAAGAUGCAGAAAAUUAAUUUUCGAUGUCUAAAUAUUAGUGCAGGCAAAUGGUAAUCAAAAGAACAGUACGAAGAAUGAUCAAGCUAAAACGAUUCAUAAAGUGCAGAUAUUUGCAUUUUUUAAGGUGAACCAUUAUUACUGUUUGCUUCAGUGUAUGCUCAAAUGGGAUUUGGUAGAUAUGAGAAUAGAAUUUGUAUGUCGGUAGUUUGUCGAAGCUUGUGUAAACGACCCUUACUAUUAGAUAAAUAAUUGUUCUAUAUUAGAGAAUAUUUCAGUUCUUAUCUAUUCAUAAAAACCUAGAAAAAAAAAGAGCAUUAUUAUACUCAAAGUAAGGUCGCUUUGCCUUUUAUGGUUCACUAGCUAGCAAAGCCUACACUACCUUACUUGCAAGUUAUUAAUGUAAUUUAUGAGGAGCGAUUCAAACAUAUUCAGUCCUCGACUAGACCGACUGCCGAGAUGAUGUGGAGGUGCAGACGAUAACGAGUUCUUCUACUUCGGUGUUCGUUAGUUUAUUACUUGGAUCGCUAGGUGCGGCAUAAAGUACUGAUAAAAAAAAUCCUGGAACCAGGCCAUUAGGCGUUUUUGCUUUGUUCCUUAAAGUUGACUAGAAUCACGAGCGAAAUAAGCAAGAUAUAUAAAAUAGGAGGAAGGAGUUUAGAGAAAAGCGAUUCGUUUACCAAAAAGGAAACGGACCGGGGAAAAGCCUUAUUUGCUAUUAAUUAUUAUUUACUGAAUCAAUUAUUAUACUUUAAAUUUCGAUAAGGACGUUGGUUAGGUAUUUGUAGUUAAGCCUCACGUUUCUAACGCAUCUUUUCGAGUAUAUCUUAACUUUUCGUCUCUCUCGAAAAUUUGCCAAAUUCAAUGCUAAUAAAGAUACCAGCCUUGGAUUAUGCAUGUCCCAAAAUUUUUCUGCACCGCUAUGAGCGACGCGGCGUUGACAUAGAUAUUUCUGUUGGCUUGAAACCUGAGUUACCCAUACCAAGACUUGUUUACUGUACGAUGUAAUCUUUAGGUGUAUGGGCUCUUAGCCCAUACCGCCUGGCGAAUGAGGUCAGAUAAGACUUAGUCCUCCUCUUCGGUUGAUGCUCCAGCUGAUGUUUUCCCCCCGCAAACCGAGCCUUACUACAUAGCCUUUAUUUCUAUAAAAUUUCGUACCUCAUAAAACUAGGAAGCAUUCGAAAAUAUUAAGCAGAACCGACGUGCACGCCAAUGGCAAUACCGUUAUUACUUACAAGGAAGCUUUACUACUUAUUGAGUGUACGAGUUUGGUUAGCUUACAGGCAGAUGACAUAUCUGUCAUUUGCCGCAGUCGUCUUAAGUCUCAAAUCAUCUUCGCAAUGACAAACUGCUACGUCGGAGUGUAUCUCCUCGGAAAGUUUCCCGGCCGUCUGAUAGCUUUCGGCCUUGAAUAAUUUGAAAUAUAAGUGAAAGAAGAGAUCAAUAAAUGUAUUUAUAUAGUAGAUAGUAAAACUUGCGAAAUGUUUGCCAUAAACUGCUUUUAUCCAAAAAUAUCAAGGUAUUUACUUCCCGAUAAGAAGACAUUGGCAGCUUGACUUAUCUUCCCGGUAAGCCCGCCCUUUGAACACGGUCCCAGCCAGUUGUAGUCGCGUAGUGAUUGUUUCUCUCCGAACAACCGUGAAGCCAACACUUUGUCACAACAGUUGUUAUCGAUGUCAUCAGUUCCCGUAUUCACUUCCGUUAUAGACACUUCCUUAGCAUCUACAGUGGAAUAAUCGGAAUGAGCCUGGAUCUUCACCCAGCAUGUCCCCUUGGAGAUUUACUAAAUCUUUCCUAAUGCGUCCAUACGGUUGAGAAACGGCUACUCCCGUCCCCAAUACACAAGUUUACAUAAAGGCUUUGUUUGGGGAAGGAGGACGUUAACCCCACGUUUCGGUACGAUAAAUUACACAGAGAAUUCUGCCCGUAAGUCAUGUGUUUGAGGAGGGAAAACACACACCCUAUUUAGUAUGCUCACUGUCAUUAUCUAUUACUUACAGCUCCUGCAGAAACCCGGCAAAAUUAACGAAAACCAUGAAACAAACCAAAGUCCUUUAGCUCUGCGUUCCGUCCGUUCGCUGCAGCGAGACGCAGCACAGCGAGCCCCCCACUUAACCUCUUUGUCUGUGCGUCACCAUAAUGGUUGCCCGAGGGCUUCAGUUGCUAUUCUUGUACGCCAUCGACUCCAUCUGUCUGUACAUAGCACUGUUGUAGCAUUCUCUAAUCACUUUCCUCGUCGAUUACAGCGCCGCCAUUUGGCAACGAUCCAAGCUUGCUUGAAUAUUGGUUGGCCCGGACGGUGUCCAAUUUUUACCUACCCAGGUCGGCUUUAUCGCAGACUGAUAGUCGCGUGCCUAUUCUUGAUCUCGGUAGAAAAGGAAUAAUUUCAGCGUCCUGCGGGGGCCACUCGGCUCAUGCUUAGCUACCGCUUAAGAAGAGGGUCGGCGAUAACUAAUUUGCGUGAUAAAAUGAUUUUACUAUGAAAUUAGGUUGAAAUCACGUUUAAAUUUUAUACCACAUUGUGCAAAGAACCUGCUCAAUGUGACUGCUAAAAGUGAAAUGAACAGUCAUUCUGCAAUGUUAUUCACAAUUCUCCGGUUCAUUGGAAAUUUAAAAACAACACUGAAAUAAUAAACGAAGUUAUAAAUAAAUCUACGUUUUUCAGUGUGGUAUUUCUCCCUAUAUUUACCAUUUUAAUUAUUAUUUCUAAUAAAAUCAUUAAAUAAUCUGCAUUUACCUCUUUAAGAAUGUACAUUCUCUACAAAAACUUCGUCAGGACACUUAUCAAGAAACGUCAGAAGCUCCUGCUCUGGAAAGCUUACUUAGAUGAGGAUUAUCGACAUCCCAUCGAUUAAUUCCUAAAGCUUAUUGAGCCCACACAUCGGGCUUAAAUUUCCGGCUGACAUCUGAGAAUGUAUAAUGGUUUGUUAUGAUUGGGAUCGCCUUCACGAAAGAUCACGUCGCAUUGCGAAAGGAGCUUCGACCUAAGAAAAUUAUGAUUAUCGCACCAAAAGAGAUGUGUUUUAACCAAAGCUAUCGCUUUUAAACAUCAGCGCUCUCAAGAGCUUCCAGCUCGAGAUCUUGGGCUGCCGCAUAUUUCAAGAUCUGUUUGAUAGUAUAUGGAGGUAUAUAUGAAGUUUUCACGUCGCCCGUUCGGGACUCAACCAUAGGGUCUUAUUUUGGUAUCAAAUGUAUCACACUAAUCUUCAAUGGUAAAAUGGGAAGUCAGCUUAAACAACACCAUUCAAAUUUAAGCUAUUUCUGUUAUCGAUAUACACCCAAAAAGGCGAAAUCUAGGUAUAACAUGUCUCACUAAGACACCUUUAUUAUAACGUAUCGAAGGAUGGAUAUUACUGAACAAAAUAUUUCAUACUGUUUGUCGGUCCGAAGUUGUGGUCCGGUUAGGAUGUCGAACUUCCUAACUCAUAGAUAACUCUCCUUCAGUUAUACAAAUGCGCUGCAAAAUGCGUCUGAUAUAAUAAAAAAAGCUUACUACGAAAAG